GUGGAGAAGAGAUUAGAGUGUGGCAGAUGCCACCCUCAUCCCUCCCUCACUUCUCUGUCUCUCAAUCAUUAAUCAUAGUUUACUGUCAUUAACUUUGUCUUUUUAAGGUUUGGGUUUCUUCUUCAUUGAGUCCAGGGUUUGGGUUUGAUAGCUGAAUUAAUAUGUCUUGUUUCCACACCUUGAGUACACCUAGGAACCUGUGUUCUUCACUUAUCUUGAAUGCAGAUGAAGGUGCCAGAUUCUCUCCUCCUCAAGCUAACAAGAACCUUAAUUCUGGAAAGCUUGCAUCUUCUACUCCUCUGUUCACUCAUGGCACCACCCUUGGUAUCAUUGGAGGCCUCUCUGUUGAUGCCACCCUCACUUUCCUCACAAAACUUGUCCACUUGCAUGGAGGACAUUCCAUUCCUUUUCUUCUUUGCUCAGAUCCUCUCUUGAAUAAGGACCUUCUCUCCUAUGAAAGGGGUCACUUUGUCUCUGCCACAAGUAAGAAAUCUGAGUCUCUCAAACUGGAUUCUUCUUCCCCAAUUGUGCAGAACCUUAGAAACAAAAGGGCUUUUCUGGAGAAAUCUGGUGCUCGUUGCAUAGUGAUGCCUUGUAACAUAUCACAUUGUUGGUAUGAACAAGUGUCUAUAGGAUGUUCUGUUCCUGUUCUUCACAUGGCUGAGUGUGUUGCCAAGGAGCUCAAGGAAGCUAAGUUAAAACCACUUGAAGCUGGUAGUCCUCUGCGGAUUGGAGUGCUGGCCACAAAUCCAACUCUGGAAGCUGGUUUUUAUCAGGAGAAGCUGCAGAGUGAAGGCUUUGAGGUUGUUCUGCCUGAUAAAGCAACUAUGGAACACACAGUGAUACCUGCAACUGAAGCCUUGGACAGAAAGGACAUUGAAGGGGCAUGCAACCUAUUGAGAAUUGCACUUCAGGUUCUUCUGGUGAGGGCUGUUAACUCUGUUAUCCUUGCUUCUGAAGACAUGCGCGCGCUCUUGCCCCAAGACGAUCCUCUUCUCAAGAGAUGUAUUGAUCCCAUGGAUGCCUUGGCCAGAUCAACUAUCAAAUGGGUAAGAUCAAGAUCCUCUGGCGAUAAUACAUGAACAACAAUAGAAAUUAACUCUUGUAGUUCAUUGCAUUAUGCAGCAACAACAUUCUUCUGAUGUCAUUGGUAUUGUGCAAACUUUUUGUAUUUACCAAUAUUGUAAUCAAGCCAAGGGUGUGUGUUGAGUACUAUAAGAGAAUGCAUUCAUUCUGUGAAAAAUCAAUGUUGUUUGUUCUUAUAGA